AAACUCCCUGUUUUACUGUUUGUACAUAUGAUCACAAUCUUCAAAUUCAACAUUUGUUUAAAGAUUCAAUACCCUGUUUUAAAAAGUUCAUCUAGCACACAGAAAAAGUUCUAAAAUCUCUAGAGUAAAUUUCUUAAAUUAAGUACUCGCUAUAACACUGAAAAAUCAGAUAAAUACCACACCACAUUUCUGUGAAAAAUUUCUUCUGUAAACGACAUGUAUCGGAAUAAUUAUAGCAUUAAUUGGUAAGCUAACUAAUGUUAUUGUAACGUAUGAUUACUAUUUGUUCAACAUUGUACAGUGACUACAAGUAAGCAUUUAUAUUGACUGUUCUUUUUAUAUUCAACAAUUGUCAUGGAACUGCUUUUAUUGAUCAGAACAGUUUUUGUGUGAAUAAGCUGUUCUGACAUGUGGAAUACAAGGUCUUUCUUUACAAGAGAAUAAAAGUGUUCUGUCAACCUGAAAUACCAGUUCUGUUUUUGGAAGAGGAUAACAAUGUUCUCUUAACCUGGAAUACCAGCUCUGCCUUUACAAAAGGAAAAAGUGUUCUGUCACCGUGGAAUCCAGUUCUGCAUUUACAAGAGGGAAAGUGUUCUGUUAACCUGGAAUACAAGCCCUUUCUUUACAAGAGGAUACCAGUGUUCUGUCAACCUUGAAUAUCAGUUCCGCAUUUACAAAAGGAUAAAACUGUAACGUCAACCUGAAAUACCAUUCCGACUUGACAAGAGCCGGAAUAAGAUCUUUUGUCAUCUUGUAAUAUCAGUUCUGCCUUUAGAAGAUCAUAAAACCGUUCUGUCAACCUGAUUUGUCACCCUGGCUUUACCAGAGGAUAAAACUCUUAUGUUAACUUAGAACAUUAUUCCUGCCUUUUCAAGAGGAUAAAACUGGUCUGUCAACCUGGAAAACAAUCCUGUCUUUACUAUAGGAUAAAACUCUUAUGUCAACUUAAAAUAUCAGUCCUGCCUUUACAAGAGGAUCAACCUGGAAUACCAUCCUGGCUUUACCAGAGGAUAAAACUCUUAUGUCAACUUAGAAUAUCAGUCCUGCCUUUACAAGAGGAUAAAACUGUUAUGUCAACCUGAAAUACCAAUCUUGUCUUUAAAGCGGAUUAAACUGUUCUGUCAACCUGGAAUACCAGUACUGCUAUUACAAUUAGAAUGGUGGACGUACAAAGAUCAUGUAACAAACGAAUGAUUUCAGUUGUCGCAGUGAUAUUCCUGGUCAAUAUUGCAUUGUAUGCAGUUAGAUAUGUAUCAAUAUCACCUCAAGAUGGUGGUACGUCCGAAAACAAACAAGAAUAUGAGAAAAACAGAGAAAUUGGAGCAGUAUUUGCUGCUAGGCAACAUCAUCUUAGAGAUGUAUGUCUAAUGAAAGGACACAUUCCGCCCCUCACGGUGGCUGAAAGUACAUUCAAAGGGGGGACAGUCGUUGAAAUUAGACAUAACAUACUCUACUGUCCAGUUCAGAAGGUUGGUUCAUCAUUCUGGAGAAAGACUUUAACAGCCAUGAGCCGUCAAGGCAGACUUAACUCCCCUUUCCAAGUGGAACCAAGUAAGAAUAAUAAACUUGAACUAUACCAAAAUUUUCGAAAGUCUAGUAAUGGGACCACAUAUCAGAAAGACCUGUUUAUGACAACUGCUACAUCACUUAUCGUUGUUCGUGACCCAUAUACAAAACUGUUCUCCGCCUACGUAGAUAAACUCUACCAUCCAAACUAUCUAUUUUGGAAGAUCACAGGUAAACAGAUCGCGAAAAUGACAAAAAAUAAAAAUAGUAUCGUAUGUGGAAAUGACAUAUCAUUUUCUUCUUUUAUAAAAUAUAUCAUUUCCAAAACAAAGGGAGGAGGAAGGAAACUUAACCGUCACUUUACUCCUAUAUACAAACAUUGUCACCCUUGUAAAACAAAAUAUGACUUCAUAAUGAAAUUUGAAAACUUCAAGGAAGACCUUUACUAUAUUAUAGAUAACUGGAAUGCCAGAUUUAACCUCAACAUAUCAUUUCGAGAUUUUGAAAGGCAAGCAGCCAUAAAUAUUGCAUCAAAACAUAUAAACAUCAGUUUCUCCACAAUUAAAAUGUUUUCAAAAAUCUGCAAUAUUUCCGUACAUAAUUUUUUAUUACGCACAUGGCGAUUUCUCCAAAUAAGUGGACUUCUGCCAAAAGAAAUUGAUAUGCCAUUUCCGAAUAAUGAAAGUUCCUCUCGUAUAACAAAAGAAAUGUACUUUAACGUUAUCAAAGAUGUGUUAUCACGUGACAUUGACUGGGCACGAGUGAAGAAGCAACGACAAGAAGCUCUCGUGCAAGCGUAUCAGAGAAUUAAUAGGACAGACAUGGAGAAACUAAGAAAAAUAGUGAGACCCGAUUGUCAGUACUUUGACUAUGAUGAAUCUCCGGAUUACUUGUUUGAGAAAAGUAGUGUAAAAUUUAACUAUUUUGAUGGAAUAAGUAUGUCCUAAAAGUUUAACUUUUUAUGCCAUAUGCUACCAAGUGUUUAUAAAAGAUACUGUGCACUAAACUUUCGGAACAAUUAUUUUUUAUUAAAACUGUGCUGUGACAAAAGUUGUUGAAAAUGCAGCUUUUCGAAAUAAAGCUUUUUCUGUUACUGGAUA